UUGUAAAACGAUAUUAAACGUUCGCGUUUUGUUCCAGGUGAAGCCAAUAAAGCCGUCAGUAUCAAGUCAUAAUGACAUCACAGUGUAAAGCAUUAACAAGCAAUUAGUAACGGCCAAAUGUACGGACAAUGAUAACAGCACCACAACAGAAAUGGAAGGUGUGAAGAAAAUACAUUCAGGCACACUGUAUCGCAACGGUCCGGUGGAGGGCGCGUACGGGCCGCAACACAGUCCCGUAUCGCGCUCGGACGCCUCCACCGAGGACGCGGAGCUGUCCGCCGCUUUGGCGCACCAGCACCAUCUAGCUAUGCAGGCGGGUGAUUAUCCAGUGGUGGGCGGCGGCGUGGACCCCGACUACGGCCAGUAUGUGUCCUCCCCUGCGGCCCACUACAACCACAUGGCACACCUCACCAUGGCGCCAUCGCAGAAGUACCCACACGUGAUGGACUCCGUAUCAGUCAGCGGGGGCGGUAGUUACGCCGGCGUGGGCGGCGCGGGGGGCGGGGGCCACUACGGCACAUACGGCCACUACGCCGCUGCCGCGUACCCCCCACAACCCACUUAUAUGGUGGACGCUUCGCAGGUCCCCCCUUAUAUGGCACAGGAAUACGUGGAAGGUGGCGGUAGUGCGUCGCCUCGGAGCGCUUCUCCCGGAGCUCUCCCGCAGCACAAUUUGCAUCUGCAGCAAAGGUACGAUUCAGCGUCGCUGGAGCAGCUCGGGCGCCAUUACUGCGUGACGUCACCGCGCGGCGAGUACGCGGGCGAUGCGUACGGGUACCAGCACUACCCCGCCGCGUACGACCCGCAGCCGCACCAGCCGCCGCCUUUCAAGGAUUCACAAAAUGGUUUGAGCAUGGGCAGCGCCGGAGGGCAAUCCAUGUACGGCGACGAAGAGGAACUUCAGAAGCAAAUGGCGAACAUGGCUUUGGUCCACGGCGGCGUCGGCGGGAGGGAGGACGGCGGCGGUCUCCAAUGGCGCGACCCGAACCUGCCCGAGGUGAUCGGCUUCCUCAACUCGCCCUCGGAUGUGGUGAAGGCGAACGCGGCCGCGUACCUACAGCAUCUCACCUACAUGGACGAUCCUAACAAACAGAAGACCAGGAGUUUGGGCGGCAUCCCGCCGCUGGUGCGGCUGGUGUCGCACGAGAACCCGGACGUGUGCCGCAACGCGUGCGGCGCGCUGCACAACCUAUCGUACGGCCGCCAGAACGACGAGAACAAGCGCGCCAUCCGCGACGCAGGCGGCACCGCGCUCAUGGCGCUGCUGUGCCGCACCAACGACAUGGAGGUCAAAGAGCUAGUGACCGGCGUAAUAUGGAACAUGUCGUCGUGCGAGGACCUCAAGCAGUCGAUAAUAGACGACGCGGCGCAGGUGAUCGUUAACAAAGUUAUCAUACCGCACUCCGGAUGGCAUCCUACCACGCCCGGGGAGACGUAUUGGUCUGUUGUGUUCAGGAACGCGUCAGGCGUGCUGCGCAACGCGUCGUCAGCGGGCGAGUACGCGCGCCGCCGCCUGCGCUGCCUGGCGGGGCUCGCCGAGGCGAUGCUGUACGUGGUGCGCGUGGGCAUCCGGACCAACGCCAUCGGCACCAAGAUGCUGGAAAACUGCGUGUGCGUGCUCAGGAACUUAUCCUACAGGUGUCAAGAAAUCGAAGAUCCGUUGUACGACACAAGGGCGCCACCUACACAGUCGUCGGGCCAGGCGAGGAUACAGGCGAGCGCUUCCAAAGGUGAAAAUCUAGGCUGUUUUGGUGGCGGUAAAAGAAGAAAAGAAAGCUCUUCGUCUUCUAACUCAACCAGCCCUCUGGGCAAGAGUGAACCGGACUCGCAGGCGCUCGAAACGGGCAACUCUCAGUUGGGCUACAGCGUGCCGAAGGGGACUGAAAUGCUGUGGUCGCCUGAGGUGGUGCCGCUAUACAUGGCGCUGCUGCAGAGCUGCUCGAACCCGGAGACGCUGGAGGCGGCGGCGGGCGCGCUGCAGAACCUCGCCGCGUGCUACUGGCAGCCCUCCAUCGACAUCAGAGCCGCUGUCAGGAAGGAAAAAGGUCUACCAAUCCUUGUGGAACUCCUGCGCAUGGAAGUGGACCGCGUGGUGUGCGCGGUGGCUACAGCACUGCGAAACCUGGCAAUCGAUCAGCGCAAUAAGGAGCUUAUUGGCAAGUACGCCAUGCGGGAUCUCGUACAGAAGCUGCCGAGCGGGAACCAACAGCACGAUCAGGGCACAUCAGACGACACCAUAGCUGCUGUAUUAGCGACGUUAAACGAAGUGAUCAAAAAGAGUGGAGAGUUCUCGCGCUCUUUGCUGGAGGCGGGCGGCGUCGAGCGGCUCCUCAACCUCACCAAGCAGCGGCACCGACACACGCCCAGGGUGCUCAAGUUUGCAGGUCAAGUGCUGGUGACGAUGUGGUCGCACGCGGAGCUGCGCGAGGUGUACCGCAAGCACGGCUGGCGCGAGGCGGACUUCCUCACGCCCGCGCGCGCCGCCCAGCCCCGCGCGCCCUCCGCCGCCAGCGGUCAGGGCACGCCGUCGUCGGGCGCGGGCGCGCCGCACUCGCCCAACAACGCCAACAGCACGCUCAGCCGGCCCAUGGCCUCCACCGGCGGCACGCGCUACGAGGACCGCACUAUACGCAGGCAUCGCGAGAACGAUGACAUGCCGACGAUGGACGUGAACACAUACCAAGAGGGGUUAGGCGUGGGCAACCCCAACGGCCGGCCCAUGAACCUUCAGGGCGUGCAGGCCUCCAUGCCGAUGCCGCCCAGCAGUCGUUAGCCCAACAGUGGGCCGUCGGACGGACGACGAUCCUCUUGAGCACCUCACGGUAACUCCAAUUGAUAACUGUGUAAGCCACGUAUAGGGCUGUACCUCGCAGAAGCUUACGGACUUGGGUCCGAAGCGUUAGUACCAAUGUAGUAUUACUGUUGUGUUAUUGAACGUUCCGGCUUUAGCCAUUAUGCGCUACGUAAACAUAUUUGGGAUUUCGUAACAGGUUUAUGUGAUUUUUGUUUAAAUUUCGCAAAAACAGAAUGUAAAAGUACCGACAUCAAUAACCGAUCCUAUAACCAAUCUUCGGAUUUAUCUCGUGAGCAUGACAAAAAAACUUAAUUCCGAUUGAUACAUUUUGUAGAUCGAUCCGAAGAUAGGUAUUGGGCUCGUUUAUUGCAAUCGGCUGAUAUUGACUGGCUUGGAAAAUACACUCAACUUGGUAAGCAUUCGCUCUGGCCGACAUGAAUAGCUGAACAUUCCAAAGGCAAAUCUGUCCUAAUGAAUAGUAACAUGGUAUGCUUGCAUCCAAUUACCAUUGUUAGUUCUUACACGUUUAAUCUAUCCUUCAUUGUUUGCUCAAUAGAAAAGCACAUGACAAAAUUUAUCAAUUGGAGUUACUAAGUGUAACUACAAGUUGGUGAUUGGCUUCGUGCGAGUUUGCCUUUUUUUAUUCAUCCCUAAAGCGUACAUACCAGGCGGACUGUAUCGCAACGCAUAGCACUGGAAUAAAUACGCUGGGUAACGAACGCGCCUCGUUCAAAAUUGUAUGAUCUCUAACGUUUGGAUAUUACAAGAAAUCUGAAAAUCGUUUUGUUGCAAUUGUUUUUGUUGUGUGUAGAGUUUGGUUGCCCUAACAUAUUUACCGGUUACCAGGCAUUCUCUUUGAUAUACUGUCUUUAUAUGGUUGUUAUGUAUUAUGUUUUCGGAGGCAACAUUUUUAUACUUUGCAGUAUAUUUAUCGCUCAAAGAAGCUAAAAUAAUCGAUUUAUAUCGAUUAUUAAGAUAUCGAUAUUCCAAGUCGUGGUAGGAGGUUUAUUGGAAUGUCUUGGUAUAUGUUGCUUCCCUGGCCGAUAUCCUACUCGAUCCAUAAAAAAAAAAUUAAUAUACGAAAUCGUAUUAUGUUUGAAUUUGUCGAUAAAACGCCAUAAUUCUCACGGAGCCAAAUGUACUGAAAUUUCAUGAGUAUGGACUUAUGUGCACAAGCAUUUAUUUUCAAUGUAAGCAAAUUAUGUAUCGUUAAAAAUUAUUUUAUUUAUUUUGUACUGACAAAUUACGAGAAUCGAUAGGCAACUUUAUUUGUAAUUAUGGUCUCGAAAAUUAAAGAUGUCGAAUUACAGAAUUAAUAAUGUAAUAAACCUAUAUUACUGUAGACACAAAGCUUUGUUGUAUUAAUUUAUUUCUCGAUAUUGUAAUGCAAUAUGGCUGCCUUCUAGGCACAUAAUAUAUUAUGAUUACAGGUAAUGAACCGUUGUGCAAUAUUUUGUUUUAUCUAAAAUUCUGUUAUUCGACAAAAAUACCGAAAAACAAAAAACAAUUUUAAACAACUUUUUAACUACUGUGCAAUACAGAACUUUGUUGUCGAGGCCUAAACGUUUUUUAAUUUCAUAUUUUUCCAACCAUUUUGAUUUGUACAGAUAUCAUGUCAAUUCCUCAUGUAUAUAGUCGUGCCAUUUCUGUAUUUAUAAUAAUGAAAUAAGACAGUUUUUUGUGCGUGUUGUGUAUUGAGGUUUUAAGAGUUGGGACUCAUCGUUGCGCAAUAGCAUAAGAUUUUGAUUCAGUUUUGAUUACACUGACGGUUUUCAAUUAAGGAAUAUAAAGCUCUUAAUUGAAAAUAUAAGGGAAAUAGAUAUGACGUCAUAGUAAUCAAAGUGAAUAGAACGCAUUGUACGCAUAAAGUUCGACGCACAUGAAGGCGCAUGACGUCGCUUAGCUCUGUGCACCAAUAGUGAAAGUUGUGCGAUACGUAUGCGCUUGCGCACGAAACUGAACGAACGCGUGCGUCAUCGUUUGCGUUCGGCUUCAUAAUCUUUAUAUAACCAUUAUACCGAGGGAGUUACUGCGAUUUACAUUGAAAUAAACAUUUAAAAUAUUCGGGAUUUGAAUAUUAUUGUUAUUAUUUAUAACGAUUAGUUUAGACACACCGUGGUUCCGUUGUAAUCGCGAUAGUUAUUUCUAUAGCAUUCUAAUUGUCGAAGUACUUCGUUGACUUUCAACGGGACCUGUGGGGUUAGAACGAACGCGUGAAAAGCGAACGAUUAUGUUAUUUGUAGGGUGUGUCACUGGCUGUAUUUAAUAAUAAUUUAUGAACGUUGUCUUUAAGUGUAGUAUGUUAAUCAUUCGGAAUGUGUACAAGGUUUAUUAUAUCCCAUGACUUAGUCCUCGUUAUUAGUUUAGAUUUAAGCGAUGCGUUUGUAUCUCGGUUUACUUUACACGAUGCGAUUAGUCGUAUAGCUUUUGAAACGUUCGUUCUAAACUCUUAUAGUAUUUAAAUAUUAUAAUAAUAAAAUAGAAAUUUUGUAAUAUUUUGUAUUCAUUCCACAACCCUUUACAAUUAAUGUAACAUAGGUGUCUAUUGUCCUCUAACGUUAGAAAUAAGGAAUAUCCGUCUCGUAUUUAGACAUAAGUCGCAUGCAUCGUGGGACGAGUUCGCUUGAAUUUAUUAUUUGUUUUGUUUAAUGCUUUGGGACGAUAUUUAAAUAUUACCCCCUUUCUAUCCAGUCGACAUGAUAUGACGUCUACUAUAUGACGAUUGACGAAAUAUUUCGUCAUAGAUUAACCACGAUUCGGGAUAUUCUUUGACGAUGGCGUAGGAUACAAAACACGUCUCAGUUGAGAAGACGUAUUGAGUGUAUAAUAUCAUAAUCUUACUGAUUAUCCUGCGGUCUUUAAGACAUUGUCAGUAUACAAAAUGUACUUGAAAUAAAGAAAACGCUAACAGCCUUAAAGCGUCGAGAAGCGAACAAAUAUUCGCAAGUAGAUAUAAAGUCAUUUGUGUUGUUCUUAAUUGCAAACGAUUGUCUCAAGUGGGAGGAUACUAAAUUAAUUAGCGCAAGCAUUCCACACUUGUUAACGUUGUAGCAGAACGUUGUAAAGUGAUGAAGUUUAUGGCACUUGAGAUUUCAAAUGAAGAGAUCAUGGCGGAUAAAAUUUCAUGAAGCUAAAUAUGGUCUUAAAUCCGAUUUGAGCAUGCUGCGGGCGAAUCAGAGUUACGUCAAUCGAGAAUUAUGAAAUAUUUGUGUUGUUUUUUAAUGGAAGUUGUGUCAAAAUAGCAUCGAGUGCAUUUUCCAUGUCGUAAUAAUUUUCAUUGGUGAGAUAAGAACGUCUUGUGACGUAUAUAUACGUCAAGUUUUGGUAAUUUAAUUUUAACGGGGUUUUUAAUUGACACAAUAAAUAUGUAACAUUUGCAGCUUCAUCCCCACUUUCAAUUAACAUCAAGAAAUAAUACAUAUUGCACAAUUAAGAUUAACGUAUAUUCACGUUUGUUGUUUUGACAUGACUUCUAUAUAUUAUAUUGUUUUAUUAGGAUCCAUAUAAAAAUAUAUUGUACGUUAUCAAUAUAUUUUACUUGUAAAUGAGUAAACCUUUGCGACCGUACCCAUGAGCACGGAUUUUGUGAAUGACGGCAGCUUUAAAUUUUAAUUUUCGACACAUUUCCCUCCGCAUUCGAUUUAGUUGUUAGUAUUUAUUUUAUAUAAUUGUCGGAAUAAAUUAAGUGUUUAGUGUUAAAAGUAAGGAGUUUUGUGAGAACAUUAUCGUUUUUGAUACAAUAUUAUGCACAAUAACGCAUUUUCUAUACGUCCGCUGCCGGAUGAUGUUGUUGACUGAAUAAUCUGGUACAAAACUACCCUCAUUCAGUGCAUUGUAAUUUUUUAAGUACCCGUAAUACGUGUUAAGGAUUUUUUGUAUAUUUUUUAUUAUAUGAACAAAUGUAAGCGGUAUGUGUAACGAUUAUUUCUCUAAUAACAGUUUGCUUGCCAGAGCAAUGUCGCUUCUAUGAAGCUAUCGAUUCUGUUCUACUUUCACGUUUGACGUAGACGUAAGGUUUUUAUUUAAUCACUUUUUAUUUAUCUUACUAGAAGAGUAUAUUAGACAAUUUUAGACAUUUAGAUGUAUUUGUUUUUUUUGUAUCUUGUGUCUAUAUAAAUUUUAUAUAGGUAUCUUAGGCUUGUAUAGGUUACGAGUAUAUUUUUAGCCAUUAUAAUAAUUAUUUUUUUAUUAAACUUCCAUUUCACAGUAAAGAGAUCUCUAGCCUUUUCCAAAUUUUAUUUUUUAAGAUAUAGUGUGUCAUCAUUAAUGUCCGAGGUCUUGUAGAGUUGCAACAUGAGUUGAGAAUAUAUUGUAGUCUGUGGUCAACCAUAGAUAAAAUACGCCUUUGAUAGUCUAUGGCAGAGACGAGUAUCUGUAACCUAAGAAUGUCCAUUGUAGACGAUUUACUUACAUAGAAUACUUUUAAAAUAUGAAUUUUAUAUUAUUUGUUUCUUGUCUCUGUCAAAUUUUAUCAAAGGGAACCUUUAGAAUUGUUGGAACAUUAAUACUCGAUUAUUUAUAUUUUAUUUAAAAAUUUUAUAUGAAAAUUAUUUAAAGGGAACAGUCUUCGUUUGUCGUUGCGACACAAUAUGUAGUUAUAUAAAUAAAUAGUUUGUCUUAUGUCACGUUGUAUGUAGAUUUAAUAGAACAUUAUUCUCUCUUGCGUAAAGAUACUUAUGAUUAAAAAAAUAUAUUAUCACAGAGAAUUAAAUGAAAGAUUUUUUGGUUC